GAUUAAAACAAAAGGGUGAUCGUGCAUUCUCGGGAGCUGACCCUAGACUGUGGAUUUAGUGGAUUGGGUUCUCUUUGUCUACUUUUAGGACUUUAGGUCAUAUUUAUGCAGAUGUAUAGAAAAUUCUAAAGAGUUCACAAAAUUUCAAGCACCAUUGUAUUGUAACACUCAUUUGCAUCUGUUAACAGUUUUACUACUUUCACUAUGCCUAUUGUAGCAUGGUGGGUCAAUAAACCCCCUGAGAAGUGCAUACAUUUCAUCAUUGUAUUUGAGCCAAACGGCUUCAAGGCAUAUCCCACCAAAGCACGCCCCCUAAAAAAAAAAAAAAUUGAGCAUUUCUCAGAUAUGAGUCACUCCCCUAGCCUGCCCAUAUAGCGCAGUGGUAAGGACGCUAUCUCCAGCCUGAGGUUACACGAAACACAUAGCAGCACCAUUAGCAAGGGACCAGGUACAAACAUUAGAGCAGAAACUAGUGACCCCUCUGCAACCAUGGCAGACAAGGAGCAAAUCAAAAAGACUGCAGCCAUGGUGGGGGCUGCUUGGAAUUCUGCAUUAUACCAGCGAAUUAUAAAGGAAAAUGUCAGGACAUCUGUCCAUGAACUGAAUCUCAAGAGAAAGUGGGUCAUGCAGCAAGACAACAACCCUAAGCACACAAGUUGUUCUUCCAAAGAAUGGAUAAAGAAGAAUAAUGUUAAUGUUUUGGAAUGGCCAAGUCAGCGUCCUGAACUUAAUUCAAUAGAAAUGUUGUGGAAGGACCUGAAGCAAGCAGUUCAUGUGUGGAAACCCACCAGCAUUCCAGAGUUGAAGCUGUUCUGUACUGAGGAAUGGGCUAAAACUCAUCCAAGCCGAUGUGCAGAACUGAUCGACAAUUACCGGAAACGUUUAGCUGCAGUUAUUGCUGCACAAGAGGGUCACACCAGAUACUGAAAGCAAAGGUUCACAUACUUUUGCCACUCACAGAUAUGUAAUAUUGGAUCAUUUUCCUCAAUCAGAAAAUUAAGUAUAAUAUUUUUUGUCUCAUUUGUUUAAUUGGGUUUUCUUUGUCUACUUUUAGGACUUGUGUGAAAAUCUGAUGAUGUUUUAGGUCGUAUUUAUGUAGGUAUAUAGAAAAUUCUAAAGAGUUCACAAAAUUUCAAGCACCAUUGUAUUGUAACACUCAUUUGCAUCUGUUAACAGUUUUACUACUUUCACUAUGCCUAUUGUAGCGUGGUGGGUCAAUAAACCCCCUGAGAAGUGCAUACAUUUCAUCAUUGUAUUUGAGCCAAACGGCUUCAAGGCAUAUCCCACCAAAGCACGCCCCCUAAAAAAAAAAAAAAAAAAAAAUUGAGCAUUUCUCAGAUAUGAGUCACUCCCCUAGCCUGCCCAUAUAGCGCAGUGGUAAGGACGCUAUCUCCAGCCUGAGGUUACACGAAACACAUAGCAGCACCAUUAGCAAGGGACCAGGUACAAACAUUAGAGCAGAAACUAGUGACCCCUCUGCAUCCAUGGCAGACAAGGAGCAAAUCAUAAAGACUGCAGCCAUGGUGGGGGCUGCUUGGAAUUCUGCAUUAUACCAGCGAAUUAUAAAGGAAAAUGUCAGGACAUCUGUCCAUGAACUGAAUCUCAAGAGAAAGUGGGUCAUGCAGCAAGACAACAACCCUAAGCACACAAGUUGUUCUUCCAAAGAAUGGAUAAAGAAGAAUAAUGUUAAUGUUUUGGAAUGGCCAAGUCAGCGUCCUGAAUUUAAUUCAAUAGAAAUGUUGUGGAAGGACCUGAAGCAAGCAGUUCAUGUGUGGAAACCCACCAGCAUUCCAGAGUUGAAGCUGUUCUGUACUGAGGAAUGGGCUAAAACUCAUCCAAGCCGACGUGCAGAACUGAUCGACAAUUACCGGAAACGUUUAGCUGCAGUUAUUGCUGCACAAGAGGGUCACACCAGAUACUGAAAGCAAAGGUUCACAUACUUUUGCCACUCACAGAUAUGUAAUAUUGGAUCAUUUUCCUCAAUCAGAAAAUGAAGUAUAAUAUUUUUUGUCUCAUUUGUUUAACUGGGUUCUCUUUGUCUACUUUUAGGACUUUAGGUCAUAUUUAUGCAGAUGUAUAGAAAAUUCUAAAGAGUUCACAAAAUUUCAAGCACCAUUGUAUUGUAACACUCAUUUGCAUCUGUUAACAGCUUUACUCCUUUCACUAUGCCUAUUGUAGCGUGGUGGGUCAAUAAACCCCCUGAGAAGUGCAUACAUUUCAUCAUUGUAUUUGAGCCAAACGGCUUCAAGGCAUAUCCCACCAAAGCACGCCCCCUAAAAAAAAAAAAAAAAUUGAGCAUUUCUCAGAUAUGAGUCACUCCCCUAGCCUGCCCAUAUAGCGCAGUGGUAAGGACGCUAUCUCCAGCCUGAGGUUACACGAAACACAUAGCAGCACCAUUAGCAAGGGACCAGGUACAAACAUUAGAGCAGAAACUAGUGACCCCUCUGCAUCCAUGGCAGACAAGGAGCAAAUCAAAAAGACUGCAGUCAUUGUGCUGGGUUGCUUGGAGAAAGUGUCCUCCUUCGCCUCCUCCUUCAACCCUCUGUUUGGCAUCGUCACCUCGCUGGUUGGUGUAGUGAGGAAAGGCCUGGUUGAAGAUGAAGCCAACGAGCUGGACAAGGACUUCCAGCAGAUCCAUGACAAGUUGGAGAGCAUCUCUGAGCAGAACAAGAAGCUGCUGGAACAGAUCCACAUUUCUGAGAUCAACAAAAACUAUGGUGACUUGGAAAAGAACAUUGAGCACCAGUACAAGGCCUUCAAGACCAUGGUGGACAGAGUCAGGAAGGACCCAGAAAACGGCGAGCGUUACAGAGAAGAUUUCAAGAAAAUCUAUAGAAAACAACAGGGCCGCCUGAAUUUGAAUGUGUAUUAUCAAGCCAUCAUGGAAGAGCAGGGUCCUUUUGGGAGGCCACUACUGAGAUGUUAUCUAGAGCAUUGCAAAAGGAACAGGAAGAUCAUGGAGGCUAGGUGUGCUCAUCUGGUCUACCUUUUCCACAUCGGCCUCAUAGCACUGAUGGCCUACUAUGUAGUCACUGAGGAUGAUGAGGAUGAGUUCAGGGAAGAAUGGGGCCAAAAGGCCAUCGACAUACAGACCAAGAUGCAAGAAGUCCUGGAUGAGUGUAGUGAGUAGGAGUGAUACCAAAUUCAUUGAAGGGUUGUUAAAUCACAGUUGUCUUAGUUUCAACUGAUUUAUAAUGGAGACAAUGAUAAAGAAAUAAAUGCUAUUUAUAUUAUGAGCAAUGAAUAGUAUUAAUAGAAUAGAAUUAAAGUGCUACAGGUUUCCAAAGCUCAGCAUACACAUCCAAAUGCUGCAUGAGACUUGUGUGCAGGUCUUUCCGUUUCAAUUGCAUCUGCGGACCUUGAAACAAAAGCUGCAAAUGUUCGUUUUUCAUUAAUGACACCUCUGUACUACGUUUCAGUGUAACAGCACCAUGACAGAUAUUUGUAAGCAUUUUCAUAAAUGCUUGACGAAAGACCUUUUUAGAAGUGUAUAGGCUACAUUUGUAAGGAAAUGUAUAUACUCUCAGCUCUAGAUGUUGUUACAGAAGCUUUAAUGUGAAUGUGUUCUGGCUUUUGUCAAAGUGCACAAUUAGGUAAUAAACAAACAGCUUUGUAAUAUUAAUAUUUUGAAAUAACUGA